CUUUUUACUUCAAUCUUGAAAUUGAAAUCUCCAUUAACAAGAAAACCAACAGCAGAAGGUAAAAAAACAAAAAAAAAAAAAACAAAAAAGAAGAAGAAUAACCCUCUAUUAGAUUUCUAAUUUCUUCAUCAGGGUCGAUUGCAAAAUUCUGAGUUUUUCAGAUUUUUGGUGUCUCUCUUUGGGGCUUAUAUUUUUUGAGAAAAAGGAAAUCCAUGGCUAAAUUGAUGAGCAAAGGUUUUGGGUUUCAUAAUCUACAUGGGAUCUCUUAUUUUCCCAAUAAAUCAGUCAAUAUUUCAUGUCUUCCUUCAUUGAAGCUUUCAAGAAGCGAUUUUUAUGGUAGUAGAUUGGCCAUAAAUGAAGGCUUACCCAAAAGAAAUCCGCAAGUUGAAGCUUUCAGCCCCCAGAUGAAUGUUGGAAUAAGGAAAGCACAGAAAUGGUGGGAGAAAGGGCUUCAACCUAACAUGAAAGAGGUGACCGGUGCCCAAGACCUUGUUGACUCUCUUUUAUGUGCAGGGGAUAAGUUAAUAGUUGUUGAUUUCUUUUCCCCUGGCUGUGGAGGCUGCAAAGCCCUUCACCCUAAGAUAUGUCAGUUGGCAGAGAUGAAUCCGGAUGUGCAGUUUUUACAAGUGAAUUAUGAGGAACACAAGUCGAUGUGUUACUCUCUGAACGUACAUGUCCUUCCAUUUUUCCGUUUCUAUAGAGGAAAUGAAGGUCGUGUUUGCAGCUUUAGCUGUACUAAUGCCACGAUAAAGAAAUUCAAAGAUGCAUUGGCAAAGUAUGGUACAGAUCGUUGCACCCUUGGGCCACCGAAAGGGCUCGAGGAGAAGGAGCUAUUGGCGUUGGCAGCUAACAAGGAUCUCUCCUUCAAUUACACCCCAAAAACAGAAGAAGAACCUGUCCCUCUUGCCUCACAAGAGCAAGUUAAGGAAACAACUCCAAAUAUAGAGUCCCCUCUUCCUCUUCCUCUCCCCAUUACCAAGGCCAAACAACUAGGUUCAGCGAAUAAAGCUUAUGCUACUUCUGGUAGAUGAUUUUGAAAUUUGUGGUAAAUAAUAUAUGUUGAAGAGGUGAUAUCUGUACAGCUAUGUUAUGCUUUGUUGUGUUAUAAGACUAUUGCAGUUGGGAAGGACUUAAGAGUUAGGAUAGGGAGUGCCAAAUAUUUACUGGCAAUUAUGUAUACAGUUGGGUAUAUUUGGUCUUGUACAUAGUUUAUGUGGAAGCUUGGGUAUCUAUGUAGAGCCUGAGCAUAGAGAGAGUGGAGUCUUCCUUUUUCCUGGCUUCUCCUUUUUUAAUUGGAGUAAGCUGAAAUGUAUCUCUGAUAAUAGUAAGAUGUUUCUGAUAUCUUUGUUAUUGAGAAUGAUAAUAUGAAGCUCGGGGCAUUUUGAUA